CAUAAUUUGCAAUAAAAUAAUAUCCCUCCACCUUUUUCUUUUCCUCCCGCAUAUAUAUUUCCAACUACCGAGGUCUCAUCAACCAAAAUUCACUCAGAAAAUUAAUUUAAUCAAAAAAAUUAAUUUCGGAAUAUUCCUUCCCAUUGCGUUUCCCGGCCGACCACGGCGGCGCUGCCUCUGCAGGGUUCACCGCCGGAAAUUCGGAAUUUCCGGCAAGCAUUAGAACAUGGGUUCCCCGCCGCAGAAUCCCAACUGGGUAUUCGAUUAUGGUGUGAUUGAGGACAUUCUUGUGCCAGGCGGUGAACUUCCGUCUCUUGACCCGCCCGGUUUCUCUUGGCCGGAUCAUUCAUUUGCCGGUCCGACCGCUCCCAGCACGGAAUUUGAUGACUCAUUUGGAAAUCCAGACAUCAUGAAGGAAACUGGGUUGCGAAAACGGGCGAGGACUGGAUCAAGCAGUGUGUCUGGUUCUAAAGCAUGUAGAGAGAAAAUGCGGCGGGAUAGACUGAAUGACAGGUUCGUGGAAUUGAGUUCUAUCCUUGAACCUGGAAGGCCACCCAAAACUGACAAGGUUGCUAUACUGGGUGAUGCUGUUCGAAUGGUAACUCAGUUACGUGGGGAAGCCCUACAGCUAAAGGAGUCAAGUGCAAAUCUGCAGGAGACGAUAAAUGAGUUGAAGGCUGAGAAGAAUGAACUUCGUGAUGAGAAGCAGAGGCUGAAAGUGGAGAAGGACAACAUCGAGCGUCAAAUUAAAGCCUUGGGUACUCAACCAAGCUUCCUUCCUCACCCUGCUGCAAUCCCAACUCCAUUUUCUGCCCCGGGCCAAGUUGUUGGCGGGAAAAUGAUGCCCUUCGUCGGAUACCCUGGAAUGUCGAUGUGGCAGUUCAUGCCACCAGCUGCAGUUGAUACCUCACAGGACCAUGUUCUCCGCCCUCCUGUUGCUUGAGUUGGCAGCUUUGAAUUAUGUCUUACCGGUGCUCAUAGAAGCCUUCAAAGUUAUUUCUCGUUAUUGAUUAUUUUGUUCCAGCUUUCGACUUUGAUUGACUGCUUUGGAUAAAAGUUGUAGUUCUCACCAACCAUCAUCAACCAUUACCCCUGUAGAUUGUAUGAUUUUCCAUUUUUGACCUGUAAAUUGUUCGGGAUCGAAGAUUUCUGUGCUAUAAAAUGCAAAACUUGGAGGCAUUCAUGACA